CUCGGCGGCGUCCGGAUGGAGGACUCGGACGCGGCCGCCAAGCAGCUGGGCCUGGCCGAGGCGGCGGCGGUGGCGGCCGCGGCCGCGGUGGCGGCGGCGGCCGCGGCCGCGGCGGGAGGCGAGACGGAGGCGCCGGUGCUCGGCCGAGACGAGGACUCGGAGGAGGACGCGGACUCGGAGGCGGAGCGCGAGACGCGGCGGGUGACGGCCGUCGCGGUGAUGGCCGCUGAGCCCGGGCACAUGGACAUGGGCCCCGAGGCCCUGCCUGGCCCCGACGAAGCCUCAGCGGCCGCCGCCUUCGCAGAGGUGACCACGGUGACUGUGGCCAACGUGGGUGCGUCCGCAGACAACGUCUUCACCACAUCGGUGGCCAACGCAGCCUCACUCUCAGGACACGUUCUGUCGGGAAGGACAGCCUUGCAGAUCGGGGACAGCCUCAACACCGAGAAGGCCACGCUGAUCGUGGUGCACACGGACGGGAGCAUCGUGGACACCACCGGCCUGAAGGGCCCUGCCGCCCCGCUCACCCCAGGCCCCCAGUCACCCCCCACGCCCCUGGCUCCGGGUCAGGAGAAGAGUGGCACCAAGUAUAACUGGGACCCAUCGGUGUACGACAGCGAGCUGCCGGUGCGCUGCCGCAACAUCAGCGGGACCCUGUACAAGAGCCGGUUGGGCUCCGGAGGCCGUGGCCGCUGCAUCAAGCAAGGCGAGAACUGGUACAGCCCCACCGAGUUCGAGGCCAUGGCGGGCCGGGCCAGCAGCAAAGACUGGAAGAGGAGCAUCCGCUAUGCCGGGCGGCCGCUGCAAUGCCUCAUCCAGGACGGGAUCUUGAACCCCCACGCCGCCUCCUGCACGUGUGCUGCCUGCUGCGACGAUAUGACCUUGAGUGGCCCCGUCCGGCUCUUCGUCCCCUACAAGAGGCGCAAGAAGGAGAGUGAGCUGCCCCCCACGCCCGUGAAGAAGGAGCCCCCCAAGAACAUCACGCUGCUCCCAGCCGCCGCAGCCACCACCUUCACCGUGACGCCCUCAGGGCAGAUCAGCACUUCUGGAGCACUGACCUUUGACCGGGCAUCCACUGUGGAGGCCACAGCCGUCAUCUCCGAGAGCCCAGCCCAGGGUGACGUGUUCGCGGGGGCCACAGUGCAGGAAGCUGGCGUGCAGCCCCCCUGCCGACUGGGCCACCCGGAGCCCCACUACCCUGGCUUCCAGGACAGCUGUCAGAUGGCACCUUUUCCUGAGGCCGCUCUGCCCACAGCACACCCCAAGAUAGUGCUGACCUCGCUGCCCGCGCUGGCUGUGCCGCCAUCCACACCUACCAAGUCCGUGUCCCCCGCCGUGGUGGGCGGGCUGGAGCUGUCGGAGCCGCGGAGCUGGCUGUUCCUGGAGGAGAUGGUCAACUCGCUGCUGAGCACGGCCCAGCAGCUCAAGUCACUGUUCGAGCAGGCCAAGCAGGCUAGCUCCUUCCGUGAGGCGGCUGCCGCCCAGGCCAGGGCCCAGGCCGACACGGAGCGCAAAGAGGUGAGGGAUGGUCCCGCACGAGGGCGGGCGCCCGGCCUCGCUCUGAGGACCGAGUGUGGCUCCCGGUGCUGGACGCUGCCCCCGCAAGUGUGCAAGUCUGGGGCGACCCUGAAUGCUCAGCCCAUUCCUGCCCCACCUGUGUCCUGUGAGCUCCCUCCGGGACAGGACGUCCUUCAGAGCAGCUGA